ACAAUGAAGAAUAAUUAGAUUAAUUCUAAUGAGCACAGUUCAGUUUGCCCACAAGGCAGCAUUGCUCGGCAGUGUGAAGGCGGUGCAAGCAGAUCCAAGUAAUCCAAGGCGUUGAGCCAAGGCCAGCAACGGUAGACAGAAGGUUAGGUCCACGCUAAAGUCCUUUGUUAAGUUUUUUAACCUUACGCGAGUGCGCAAUUCAUGGACAUUGGGGACAAACGGUACUCCAGUGGGCGCUCCAAACUGGCGCGCGACAGAGCGCGCGACUGAAAAAAAAUGCUCGCAAUCUAAAGAGUAGCCAAGCAAGUUCACGAGCCAAAGCCAGACAAUUCGAAAAACAUGGCAGCUCUCGCAGCCUCUACCGUGGACUCGCAGCGUCAAAAAGACGACCAGGCCACCAAGGCGGGCGAAGAGUUCGCCAAACUCUUCUACGACACCCUGGAGAAGCGGCGACACCUCCUCAGCAACCUGUUCCUGGACACCGCCAACGUGCUUUGGAACGGGAACGCGUUCAGCGGCAAGGCGGACAUCGGCAAGUUCUACGAAGGCCUGCCGACGUGCGAGACCGACCUGGCCGCCUGCGACUCGCAGCCGAUCCGAGACGACUUCGUCCAGGGACAGACCACGAUACACGUCAUCGCCGCGGGACGGAUCAAGUUCAGCGGGAAGCGCUGGACCCCGUUCAGCGAGUCCUUCCUGCUCACCGCCCAAGGGACCGUGUGGAAGAUCGUUGUCGAUACGUUCCGCUUUCAAGAGCCGGCGCCCAUCUGACCCGUGUUUGGAACGUGCUGGGCGGGCGCACUGCUGUACCCACGAACUGGACGCAUUCUCGCUUACCGCCAGGCAGCCAGGGGACUGUGUGGAAGAUCGUCGUCGAUACGUUCCGCUGUCAAGAGCCGGCGCCCAUCUGACCCGUGUUUGGAACGUGCUGGGCGGGCGCACUGCUGUACCCACGAACUGGACGCAUUCUCGCUUACCGCCCAGGCAGCCAGGGGACUGUGUGGAAGAUCGUUGUCGAGACGUUCCG